AAAUUAAUAAAUUAUCCAUCUCCAGUUUGCCAUCCUCAUUUUCGUUCGAAAGCCAAUGUUCUCCGCAACGACAAAUUUGGCGACGAACCAAUUCAGCCGUGCCUUCCUGAACUCCGGCAAUUCUUUGGCUACACCGGCGAUCCCUUGUUUGAAAAGAAACCACCUUUGACUAUUUUGCCACCAAAUUCCGUGAUAAAAAAACAGGGCAAUCCUUUUGAAAUUUCAAUACCUUUUCUCUGUCUCUCUCCGUUGAUCACCAUGGAUGAAGCGGAAGAUGGAGGAGGAAAGAUCAAGCCUUUGAUUGAGAAGGCCACCGAUUCGACGGCGGCUUACGUAGAGCCGCGUCUCCUCAAGGCCAUCAAAUGCACGGUCCGGUAUUCCGAUGUAGAGCUCCGGCUUGCCGCUCAAACCCUAAUGGAUCUCAUGAAACGCGAUCAUUCUCAGGUCCGCUAUCUCUCCCUUCUCAUAGUUGAUGAGCUUUUCAUGCGCUCAAAGCUUUUCAGAAGCAUUCUUGUGGAGAAACUGGACCAGUUAUUGACACUAACUGUAGGGUUCAAAAGAAAUCUUCCCCUUCCAGCUCCCCCUGCUGUCGCAACGAUUCUCCGUUCAAAGGCAAUUGAAUUUCUGGAGAAGUGGAAUUCAUCAUAUGGGGUUCAUUACAGACAAAUCAGGUUGGGCUUUGACUACCUCAAAAACACUUUGCGCCUUCAGUUUCCUAACAUCCAGGGGAACGCUGCCCGGAUUCAGCAGGAGAGAAGGGAGAAAGAGAUGAGGUCCAAAGAGAUUCUGCAAAAUAAGUUUCGAACUCUCGAGGAAAAUCUGCCCUCCAUGAAACAAGAGAUGCAGGCUACAAUUGAUGAGAUUAAUCAAUGUCUAGAAAUUGUUACUUGCAAGGAGGAAAACAGUCUCCUGAGUCAUAUAGAUGAUGAUGAUGAUGAUGAUGAUGAUGAUGAUGAUGAGAAGUUCCGUUCUUUGGAGCUGCAGCAAAUUCGCCUCAAUUCGUUGAAGGAAGCAGAUAAAGUACACGAGGAUGCUGAGAAUAGAGUGGUUUUUGACACGUUGAGAGAGCUUUACAAACUUCUGGUGACCAAACAUCUAGUUUCAGUCCAAGGAUGGAUCUCUGUUCUCAUAAGGGUUGAAGUCACGAACGCCAGGCUCAGAGAUUCCAUGUUGAAGGAGCUCAUCGACUUCCGAAAUCAAAUCCAAUUGGUGAAGAAGAAAUGUGCUGAAUCAGGUUGCUCUCUUCCUGCCAUUCCAAAGAAUGGUAAAGAAGAGGAGGAAGAAGAUUUUUGGGAGGAAGGUAAAGUUGAGACGAUUCAGAGGACUGGGAGCUCCAAUGAAUCAAAGAAGCUGCAUGAAAGUCUCGCCGAGUCAUCAACUUGUGGAGAGGUGAAAAAUCCAUCUACUGGAUGUAGCAACAGAAAAUCAGAAAAACAUGAGCUGCCGGGCAAUCUACUGAGACAAGCCGAUUCUGACCCUGUUAGAAGUAAGCUGUUAGAGAAAGCCCCCGUCAUGAGUUGGGGCUCUUCCUUGGAUAACUGGGGUCCAAAUAAGGAUGUUUUAGCGAACCAGAGGGGGAUGGAGUUUGAAAAUCACUGGGGUAGGGUUGACUACGAUGCAGUUAUUCCAGCAGAAAGGAUUGCAGAACUGAACCUUUCUGCUAGUCUUUACAAAGAAGAGCAAGUAGAGAUCCAGCCAUGUCGUGCUCCACUACGAAAAGGUGGACUUUGUCCAAGAAGAGAUUUGAGGGUGUGCCCGUUUCAUGGACCUGUCAUACCCAGAGAUGAUGAAGGAAAUCCCAUCAUUGGAAACACGUCGGAUGAAGGAAGUCGUGUCAGUGAAACUGCUUACAUGGAGAGCAACGAACGACUGGGAGUGGAUUCGGUUGAGCAAUUGGCAAAGCAAGCUGUGAAGAACGUAAGGGACAGAGGGCAUGACGAUGCAAGGAAAAGGAAAAUGGAGAAGCAAUUGGUGAAACGUGCUAAGCUUGCCAAAGUAAGGGAACACAAUGAAGCAGUUCUGAAGGAUGCUGCAUUAGCUUCAACCUCCGGAUAUGGAGGGGUCGACGGAGCAGAUGGAGAGUUGGUAGCGAGAUCGUCGUCUAACAGCAAGAAGGAAACUCUUGCAUCCAUGCUACGGCCAAAAAUAACCAGAAAGGACAGGUUGUCUCAACGACUUCUGAAUACAAAAGCGAAGGAUGCAACUGUUCGACAGCUUACACAGGGCGAAGAUGCUAAAUAUAGAGAAGCCUUCCCAAACCAGUGGUAG